GAAGUCCAGACACACACAGGACUCGGAGCUCAGCCUCACUUUACUCUGUUAUACUGACACAAACCCCACAGACGCUCAGGACACUGUGUGUGACAGUAAUCACACCUUGAAUCAGGAUGAAUCUACUGAUCAAACCUCCACAGAGUCUCUGGAUUCUGUCUGUAACGCUGGAGAACAGCAGAUCCUGAACACCAGACCACUCAACAUGUGUUCUGUCACACUGAUGGAGAUGGGAACACAAACACCAGCAGAAGAAGAACAUCACACUGAUGAAGAUGAGAAUCAUGAUAAGGAUGAUGAUGAUUUUAUUCCUUCAGAUGAGAGCGGUGAUUCAUGUUGUGAUGGAGAAACGGCCUCUACAUCAAAACAGCGACUGACAGCACAAACUCUUUCCUGCAUCACAGAGGGACAUGAGAGGAGACACACAGAACAGAAAGUCUUACAAGAGCAGCGACAUCAUUCAGAAAAGCACAAAGAGGAGAAAAUGUUUCUCUGUGAGCUGUGCGGGAGGAAUUUUGUCUCCUCUUUUAGUUUGAAAGUCCACAUGAGGACACACACUGGAGAAAAACCUUUCCACUGCAGUCAAUGUGACAAAUGUUUCCGCAUCAAAGGCUAUCUUGUUCUUCAUCAGAGAAUUCACACUGGAGAAAAACCGCACGCGUGUCCUCACUGUGAGAUGAGAUUCAGCCGUAAAACUCAUCUAAACAGACACAUGCGUUUACACAGCGAUGAGAGACCGUAUGAGUGCAGUGAAUGUGGAAAAACCUUUAAGAGGUCAGGUUCUUUAAAAUCACACCAUAAAAUACACUCUGAGGAGAAACUCUAUCAGUGUUCACACUGUGAUAAACAUUUCCGUGAGAAACUUUAUCUAAUAUAUCAUGAGAGAGUUCACACUGGAGAGAAACCUUACCUCUGCUCAUACUGUGGAAAGAGAUUUACAAGACGAAGUACUUUCAGCUUUCAUGAGAGAGUUCACACUGGAGAGAAACCUUAUCACUGCAGUGUUUGUAAGAAGAGUUUCACCACACACGGGACCUACUCGAGGCAUCAGAGAACUCACACAGCUGAAAGACUUUAUAAAUGUUCUCAGUGUGACAAGACUUUUGCUCGAUUAGAUGUCCUUAUUUUCCAUGAGAGAGUUCACACUGGAGAGAAACCUUAUCACUGCUCCAUCUGUGGAGAGAGAUUCACUUAUUUAAAAUGUCUUAAAGCUCAUGAGAAGAAACAUGCUGGAAAACAAACUGCAGUGGAAUCAUCAUAGCGUCUUCAAUCAAUAUGAUAAUUUUGCUUGAACUCAAAGUUCUUAUAUUUCUGUGGUCUUGAGAAAAUAAUAAUCUACAAUCUGUGGAUCUAACGAUCAGUAGUGAUGGCGAGAUGAAGCCUCAUGAAGGUUUGAAGCUUUUCAGCCAAGUGGUUCACAAAAGGGUUCAUUUCUCGAGGCUUCAUUUGCUCACAAUACCAUCUGGUGGCCAAAGAGGGUAAAGCAGGCAGAUACAUUACAGAUGUGCCUGAUGUGGUCUGUGAUACACUGUAUUUUGCGCCAGUUAAGGCUUAGAAAUAACGGUGAAGAAAAAAAUCAAUUUCCACAUAGACUAAUCUAUUUAUAUGAAUAUGAUGUGUAUUUUCUGGUGGUAUAUAAAUCAAUUAUUUGGUCAUAAUAGGCAGAAGGGGCAAUAUUAUUAUCCUAAAACUGGAAAGUGUCUGGGCUUAACUGGCAGAGGGCAGUGAAUGUGAUUGUGGUACUUGGUUUAUAUAGCUGUCAAAACGGCAAGAUUCGAACCGCUUACUGAACCACUCGGGCGGAAGCGAGGCUUCAGACGGCUCAGAACGUAACAUCACUAACGAUCAGUUCAUCGGGAGAAUUUCUCAGUUUAUUUUUGAAACAUACUAAAAUAUCUCAUCAUAAAAUCUCAUUUGUAUUCAUAGUACCGAACAUUUAUUUGAUUUAUCGUUUACUUGUAUUUACUGGUUUAACCCUAACCCUGAUGGCACACGUACAUCUGGCAGACAUAUAUUUGACGUCUGCAUUUUCAUCUGCAAGACAUCUGACAGAUGCUGUUUGCUCGUCUGCCCUACAUCUCUGAGAUGUCUGCUGUCAGAUGUCAUGUAGACCUCUAGAAGACGUCUGUAAGAUGUGUGUGAUGUAGAAUGGAUGUACAACAGCUCUUUCUAAGAUGUUUGGCAGAUUUUUUCCAGAUCUUUAGCAGACAUAUUACAGACGUACCUGUGCUAUCUGGGAAUAAAUCACUGUGCAAAACGACCUUGCUUCAUUGAUAUGUUGACAUUACUUUGUGUUUAUGAGCUGUACAUUAUUAUGCCGGUGUCUGUGACACAAAAUAAACACAUCUGUGCCUAUAACACUGUUUGAGUAGCCAUUUGUGGGAAUAUUAUAAUGAUAGCCGGUUAGUCACGUCCAUCUCUGUUCACCGUAAUAAAGAUAAGAAUCCGCAUAUAAUCACUUCUAAAUUUUGGUAUUAGCUAAACAUUUAUGCUAAUUAGGCCUAAGGUUUGCCUGCAGACGCCCGCAUCGGAGGUGCUCUGUUGGUACGAGACAGUAGUCUGCCUUUAUAAACUAUACACUGUGGACUUCAGAAAACACAGUGGACCAAAGUCCUCUUUUCAGAUGAAAGUAAAUUUUGCAUUUCAUUUGGAAAUCAAGGUCCCAGAGUCUGGAGGAAGAGAGGAGAGGCACAGAAUCCAUGUUGCCUGAAGUCCAGUGUGAAGUUUCCACAGUCAGUGAUGGUUUGGGCUGUCAUGUCAUCUGCUGGUGUUGGUCCACUGUGUUUUCUGAAGUCCACAGUCAACGCAGACAUCUACCAGGACAUUUUACAGCACUUCAUGAUUGCUUCU